GGGAGAGAAAAAGCCACCUGCAGUGAGUACAAAAUGUCAGAGCUGAACUCAUCGCUGCAGUGAGAACAUCACAUACCAAUCGCUGACGAGGGCGGGGCGACGGCUCUUAAAAACAAAUUCUCUUUGAUACCUUUUCACCAUUUCCACCGACUCCAGAUCACUGAACACAGAGGGACUCAACAACACAUACGUGUGACUGACAUGAAGAUCUUCAUCCUCCUCCUCCUCCUCCUCGCUGUGCUCACCUCAACUACAGGGGCAGUGGAGGUGGUUUAUGCUCAAAUCGGGGGCACGGUGACCCUGAAGCCUCCGGCCAAGUAUUAAAGCACCAUUAUAUGUACUGGGAAGAAGGAUAAAGAUAGCCCUAAGAACCUUGCCAUGCUAAAUCCAAUGGGCAACAGCAAUUGGAAAAUUCAAGAUGAAGCCUGGAAAAACAUCUCGUCGUGGUCUCCCCUGAUCAUCAAGAACAUCCAGCAGGAACACUUCAGGAGUUUCUUCCUUAAAGUAAUGGUAUCUGGUGGCAAGCCGGACUUCUAUGAGUAUGAAAUACGCAAACUAACAGUGUGGACCCCCUCCUCUCCUGUGUUGCCGGGGGAAAAGGUGACUCUGUCCUGCAGUGCUGCGACCCCCCCCUGGGUAAAAAAGAUUCAAUGGAUGAACCCCCGAGGAGAGACAAACCCCCAAAAUCCAUUCACCUUCAGCGCCUCGAUGCGGGACAACGGGCCGUGGAGCUGCAUGGUGACGGACGGUCAGAGCAAGAGCCAGGUCAACGUCUCUGUUACAGUUCUGGACCUCUCCCCAGCUGUCUCCCCUCAGUAUACGUCUACAUCCAGUCGUCUCACAGUGCCCUGCUCCUUUCUUCCUCACAUCUCCUGGGAACAAAUCAAAGCUAAAGGCUUCAGGGAACUUCACUGGAGUUUCAUCCCCACACCAGUCUCUGUUCCUCAGACUUUCUCCCUCUCUGCGGAGGGUCUACUCACCUGGAAGCCAGACCAAAACAAAGGACUGCUGCAGCCCGGAACCAGCCUGAAGAAAGGAGAUCUGUCUCUGAAAAGAAACCAAGGGAUAGAGAAAGACGCAGGAGAAUAUAUUUGUGCUGGGUUUGAAAAUGGAGUGACUCUGGAGAGGAGGGUGCACGUAAAGCUGCUGCAAAUCGUCUCCUCUACAGGAACAGCGCUGAUCUCAGGCCAGCAGCUCAACCUGACCUGCGGCCUCGAGCAGCCGCUGCCCUCUGACCUGCAUCUGAAAUGGUUGCCGCCCAAACAAUCGACCCUCUCCGACCCCCGGCCCUCCUCUCCUCUCAUCAUCCCGAAGGUGAACACAGCAGACGCAGGAAAGUGGAGGUGUGAGCUGUGGCAGAACAACAUACAGCUGACGUCGGCUGAGAUAACGCUGGAGAUCGUGCCCUGGCUGAGUGUGUGGAUGCUGGUGGUCAUAUGCAGCAUCACCGUCAUCAUAAUCCUCGUCUUCAUCCUCGCCUUCAUCCUCUGCCGACGCAGACAACAGAAGAUGAGACACCUCAGGCGUCGACUCUGCCAAUGCAAACACCCCAAGCCCAAAGGAUUUUACAGAACAUAAUAUCUCCACAAAGACAUUUUAAAGAGGACAUCGCAGCCAAUUGAAUUUCUGUCCAGAUAAAAUGGAUUUUUAUGUCAUAUCUACAAAACUGUGAUACUCCGUCGGGUGCGUUAUGAGGAGCUGAAAGUCUUAUCAGGAAAAUGUAUUUUAAAGUUGUAUAUAUCAGACAUUAUAUUUUCAACAUUUUAUCUAAGGGACUUUUUGUUACACAGAAAUGUUGCAUUUAAUUAUCAUUAUAACUUUGUUGUUCGUUACAAUUGCUGUUAAUAUCUUCAUUGUUUUUAGAUCAGUCGUGUUAUGUAAAGCAUUUUGUACUGACCUAAUAAUCUUUGUUACUUGCUUUUUUUCAAUAAAUAUUUACACAUUUUUAAAUAUGGAUAGUAUACAUACAUGUGGACACUGUACACUGUAGGGAAUUGUUUUGUUUUGUUAUUAAAAAUAUAAAGAAUU